AUGGUAGAUGGAGUGAUGAUUCUUCCUGUGCUGAUCAUGAUGGCCUUUCCCUCCCCGAGCUGGCAAGAUGAACCCUAUGAAUGUGUGUGUGAAGGCAUGUCCUGUGGGAAUGGAGAUCGAUGCCAAGGCCAGCAAUGUUUUGCUUCCCUGAGCAUUAAUGAUGGUGCUAAGGUUUACCAGAAAGGCUGCUUCCAAGUCUAUGAACAAGGGAAAAUGACGUGCAAAACACCCCCGUCUCCUGACCAAGCUGUGGAAUGCUGCCAAGGAUACUUGUGCAACAUGAAUAUCACUGCGCAGUUGCCUUCCUCUAAAGGGCAAACCUUUCAAGGUGAAGCUGCAGGUUACAGCAUGGAAACACUAAUCAUCGUUAUACUGGCUCCUGUGGUAGUGUUAAUAGUUUUUUCAGCAGUAGCUGUGCUGGUCAUCCGGAGAAUACAGAAAAACCAUAUGGAGAGGCUCAAUUCUAGGGAUGCAGAAUAUGGCACAAUUGAGGGACUCAUUGCAUCAAAUGUUGGAGACAGCACGUUGGCAGAUUUAUUGGACCAUUCCUGCACAUCCGGAAGUGGUUCUGGACUUCCUUUCUUGGUGCAAAGAACGGUGGCUCGCCAGAUCACACUCGUAGAGUGUGUAGGUAAGGGCCGUUAUGGAGAAGUUUGGAGGGGUCAGUGGCAAGGAGAAAAUGUUGCUGUGAAGAUCUUCUCUUCUAGGGAUGAAAAAUCCUGGUUCAGGGAAACUGAAUUGUACAACACUGUAUUGCUGCGGCAUGAAAAUAUUUUAGGUGCAACAGACCUGUGUUCUAGGAAUUCACCCUUGCAGCUGCUCUGCAGGACAGCCAAAUGGCCAAA